GAAAAGAGAUUGUAAAUGAUGUUACCUUUUUUUAGUAGUUCCAACUCUCAUAAAGAGGGGAAGCCAGCAGAAGAGACCACACCAGUAGAAGAGCCUGUGUUACCUUUCUCACGUGAAGGUGACUGUGGAUACUCAUUAGUAAACGAUGUGCAGUUACCAAAAGAUGAUAGAAUAUUUCAUGCAAUUGGAAAUACAGACGAAUUGUUAUGUCAUCUCGGAGUUGCCCGGGAAAAUGCUAUAAAAAACAAACAUCCUUACACAGAUAAACUGACAAGGAUACAGACAAUGUUAGUGGACAUAGUAUUAGCCAUAAGCAAACAAAGUACCAAAGAAGCUUUCCCAGCAAAAAACACCAAAGAGCUGGAAGAGUGGAUUAUCAAAUAUUCUAAAGACUUGACACCAGCAGAAAAAUACCUUUUGCCAGUAAGUACAAUGCUGUUAUAACUGGAGUAGUAAUAU